UGAAGACCAAGUAGUGGAACUUGAUAGUGAUGGAGAAGUGGUGCAAUCUAGCACUAGAGAGAGGGGUCCUCCAAGAUCAAGGAGGAGAAUUAAUAGAGCAAACCGCAUAAGUGAGUUGACCUCAACCCAAAGGCGAUUGGCCAAUCUUUUCCGUCCUCCGUUUGAUAUCAUGGAGAAAGUAGAUAUCGAUGCCGCAAAGAUGUUAGGAAGGCAACAGAAGAAGUGGAUACUUGUCAACAUACAAGAUGCGACCGAAUUUCUGUGUCAAGUAUUGAACAGAGACUUUUGGUCAGAUCAAAGGGUUAAAAAUAGAGUCAAGGAAAGCUUUGUAUUCUUGCAAUUCCAACACAACUCCCCCAAUGGUGAACAAUACGUAAAUUUCUAUCACGUGAAUGGGUACCCUCAUAUUGCAAUUUUGGAUCCAUUGACUGGAGAAAGAGUGCAUCGGUUUGUGGAAGGAAAUGUUCCUGAUGUUGAGGAAUGGCUUGAACAGGUGGAUUCCUUUUUGAGUAGAUUCUCCUUAUUCGGUGAUAGUAAUCCAACAGUGGAACAUGAAGUGAAGUUUGACCCCGACGCUUUAACAGAAGAACAACAAAUUGAGUAUGCUAUGAAACAAAGUAUGCAGGCCAAUGGUGACCCUGAUACUGAAUCCCAUGAUAAUGCAAUUGUGAUUGCAGAUGAAGAAGAGGAACCCAAAGAUUCAUUCACUGAGAUAACCCCUGUUGAUCAUAAUGUAGACGACACAAGCGACCCAACUACAAGGAUCCAGGUACGGUUUCCUAAUGGUAAGAGACUUGUGCAUAAGUUCAAGUUGGGUGACAAGGUAUCGAUUAUUUACCAAUGGUUGAAAUUCGUGUUAACCAAUGAAGAUUGUGGUUUGACUGCAGAUGAUCGCUUUAUCAUCACCAACACAUCUAAUAGAGUAGUCAAAUUGAUUGAAUCGUUGGACUUAACUAUAGAAGAUGCUGCUUUGAAAAACGCCAGUAUUUUGUUAGAGAAGGAAUAGACUCCGGUUUGUGUCUCUGCUGUACACUAAAUAUACAUCCAAAUUUGUAACUAGUUCUACAUAUUAAGAGGGAAGCACUCUAUGGGAGGCAACAAUGGCAAUUCCACCUUCUGGUUAUCUUCUUCAGUUCUCAAAUUUAAGAGCCUGUCAUAUUCAGUUUGAAGUUCAUCUGCCUUAGGCGUUAACGGGAAGUUACCAUCGACGCUUGAAUCCUUGUCAUUAAUCAAAUCAUAAUCGUGCCCAUCUGAGUCAUCAACAAUCACCUUGUUUUUGAUCAUAAAUAGAUCGUCAUUGAUUUCGUCGUCACCCAAUCCCUGACAAACUGAUAGUUUAACUCGCUUGUUGGGGUUGAUAUAGGGAUUGUAAUUAUUUUGUGAACGGUCAAAACGGUGCUUGUUAUUCAAGUUAUUUAGCUUGAUGUUCGUUAACUCCACACGAUUCCUUUUCACAAACUUAUUUGCAAUAUAGUUCCUGGUGUCGGAAUUAAUGCCUUUUGUGCUUGAAACCAAAGAGUUGUGAUAAUCAUCCCACUGGCUGAUUUUAUGUUUGCUUGAAUUCAAUCCUUGUUCUUCCCUCUCUAUAUCGGCUAACUCUUCGAGACAUUUAUCAAUCAAGUAAUAUUUGUAAUUGAUCAAGUUUGAUCGGAAUUGCUGCCAUAUUAUGAUUCGGC